UAAUUUAACCUAAACAAAUUUAUUUUCUACCAAAGCGAGCAAAUGCUUGUCGGCAGUUUUGAGCGCAUACCUGCUAAAUUGGACCUGGCCAGCAGGGGCACUGGACUUAAACUGUAUCAUAGAAGGCAUUUCAAAACGGCAAUUAAAGAUGACAAGCAGAGAAGAAAACAUGUUAGACAAGUUCACACCUGCACAUUCAGUGCUUUACAUCCACCUGAAUAGUUUCGAAGCUCGCCGUGCUUUGCUCCCUCCUUAACAGUCAGGAAGUCUGAGGAAAAAGAUCAGCAGGAAAAUGGCCAUGAUGGGAAUACAGAUGGAUGAUGACCUCGAGCAGAAAUUGAAACGUCUUACGAACCACAAACACGCCCUGAUUAUGAAAGUCGAAAAGCAACUUUUGAUUUUGGAUCAGGAACACGAGAACAUCUCGAUGGAUGAUUUAAGAAACAAGAUUCCAGAGAAUGAGCCCAGGAUUAUCGCCUAUACUUAUGAUUUCCUGCGCCCAAGCGACUCAAAGCUACACCACAGUGCGCUGAUUUUGGUAAACCCUGACCCCAGCCCAGGCGGGUGCUCCGCAAAGACCGUGAUGGUGUACGUAUCCAGCGUGGAACUCCCGAAGAAAGCGAUGAAUGCCACCCAGUAUCUCGAAAUCAAGAACAAGAACGACUUGACCGAGCAGUGGCUGAAAAACCAUCUGGUUUACUGAGUUUGAAAGCCCAUGAACAUGGUGACAAUUUCUGUCCAUUUUCUUUUUUGAUGGCAUGUAACUUGCUAAUAAAUGGAUGGACCUAUAUAA